AUGUGUAAUGCUAAAGAAAUUGCUACUGAUGUGGGAAUUGACCCGGUGUUUCCUGAGAAGCGAAAAAUUCGUAGAAAAAAACAUUUGGAUGAGAAUACUUGUGAGCCAUCCCAAUCAGUUCCUGAAUCAGCUGAAGAAAAGUUUAGAAUUGAUUAUUUCUUGUAUUUUGUGGAUCAAGCUAUUGGUUCUUUACGAAGAAGGUUUCAACAAUAUCAAGAGUAUGAGAAUAUUUUUGGGUUUUUGUUUACUUCAGAGAUGUUAAAUUCAUUGGAUGAUUACUAUUUGAAGAAUAGUUACAAUCAUCUGGAAAGCAUUUUGAAAAAUGACAAGUUUUUUGAUGUCGAUGGGAAGGAUUUAUUUGUUGAGUUGAAAGUUUUACGGGAGCCUUUACCAAAAGAAAAUACCACAGCUACUGCAAUAUUAAAUUUCUUGAAAAGAUUAAAUUGUUUUCCAAAUGCAUUCAUUGCAUAUAGAAUCCUAUUGACUAUUCAUGUUACUGUUACAUCUGUGGAAAGAAGUUUUUCAAAAUUAAAAUUGUUAAAAUCAUACUUGCAAUCAACUAUGUCGCAAGAAAGAUUAAACGGACUAGCUUUGAUUUCAAUUGAAAGUGAACUUCUUGAAAAACUUGAUUAUGAACAUUUGAUUGAUGAUUUCUCUUCUAAAAAUUCAAGAAGAUCAAAUUUCAGACAUUAG